AUGAUCGAUAAUAUCGCCGCGAGAUCUGAAAUGGGGACAUACACGAACGAUCAGCCUCUGGCCAAGUCCAUACUUAGGAACCUGUCGUUCGACUAUAUGCAACGACCGACCGAUCUGUUCUCUAGUAACGCAACCAAAGACGCCGUUACCAUCCACGAUGAAACCGUCUUGAACGACGUUUUCUCAAGAAGCGAGGAGGACACGUCGACCAGUACCGGUGUCGGGUACGAGUUAGGUUGGUUUAAUGAUUCAACAACGAUAGGCUCGACGCCUUCCGGUUCCUUGUUCAGUGUAUCUUCGUCGUUCUUUUCAUCGGUGUCGCCGUCGUCACCUAGCUUCGACAACUACACCAGCAUAACGGACCUGUUCCUCUUCGACGACUUGAACGAUUACAUCAAUCAAUUGAAUUACAGCGCUUUCGUUAAUUUGACGGCCUACUACGAUUUGAACCUGAACGGAAGCGUGAACUGCACUUCGUCGAUAGUCGCGGGUACGGCAGCUGAUGUCGUUAGACCCGGAGAGUGCGGGCCAACAGCCGACGUUGAUGAGGAAACGAACGCCAAUAGCUGGUGGGCACUGAUACUGGUGAUCGUGCCUUGUUUAACGCUGUUUGGCAACGUAUUGGUUAUUCUCGCUGUAGUCCGAGAGAGGGCUUUACAAACAGUCACGAAUUAUUUCAUCGUGAGCUUGGCUGUCGCUGAUCUGCUCGUCGCUGUGCUCGUCAUGCCUUUCGCUGUCUACGUUCUGGUGAGUCUGUGA